UCCCAUCCCCCACCCCUGUCUGCCAGGUCGGAGGAGGGUUUAAAGCCAGGUGCCCGGAGUCAGCUCGCCAUGUCCAGAUCCGGGGACAGGACCUCCACCUUCGACCCCAGCCACAGCGACAACCUGCUGCACGGCCUCAACCUGCUGUGGAGAAAGCAGCUGUUUUGCGACGUGACCCUGACUGCCCAGGGCCAGCAGUUCCACUGCCACAAGGCCGUGCUGGCCUCCUGCUCGCAGUACUUCCGAUCUCUCUUCUCCAGUCACCCCCCUCUCGGGGGAGGGGUCGGCGGCCAGGACGGCCUGGGGGCCCCCAAGGACCCGCAGCAGCAGCAGCAGCAGCCGCCGCAGCAGCCGCCACAGCAGCAGCAGCCACCGCCGCAGGAGGAGCCCGGGACUCCUUCCUCCUCCCCCGACGACAAGCUGCUGACCAGUCCUCGGGCCAUCAAUAACCUAGUGCUGCAGGGCUGCUCGUCCAUCGGGCUGCGCCUGGUGCUCGAGUACCUCUACACGGCCAACGUGACCCUCUCCCUGGACACGGUGGAGGAGGUGCUGUCGGUCAGCAAGAUCUUGCACAUCCCCCAGGUCACCAAGCUCUGCGUGCAGUUCCUCAACGACCAGAUCUCGGUGCAGAACUACAAGCAGGUGUGCAAGAUAGCUGCGCUGCACGGCCUGGAGGAGACCAAGAAGCUGGCCAACAAGUACCUGGUGGAGGAUGUGCUGCUGCUCAACUUCGAGGAGAUGCGCGCCCUGCUGGACUCGCUGCCGCCCCCGGUGGAGUCGGAGCUGGCGCUCUUCCAGAUGUCCGUGCUGUGGCUGGAGCACGACCGCGAGACCCGCAUGCAGUACGCGCCCGACCUCAUGAAGCGCCUUCGCUUCGCUCUCAUCCCGGCCCCCGAACUGGUGGAGCGGGUCCAGUCAGUGGAUUUCAUGCGCACCGACCCGGUCUGCCAGAAGCUGCUGCUGGACGCCAUGAACUACCACCUGAUGCCCUUCAGGCAGCACUGCAGGCAGAGCCUGGCCAGCAGAAUUCGCUCUAACAAGAAAAUGCUGUUAUUGGUUGGUGGUUUGCCUCCUGGACCGGACCGGCUCCCCAGCAAUUUGGUUCAGUACUACGACGAUGAAAAGAAGACAUGGAAAAUACUCACAAUUAUGCCAUACAACAGCGCCCAUCACUGCGUCGUGGAAGUGGAAAACUUCCUGUUCGUGUUGGGCGGAGAGGACCAAUGGAACCCUAAUGGAAAACACAGUACGAAUUUUGUCAGUCGAUACGAUCCCCGAUUUAAUAGCUGGAUACAACUUCCGCCCAUGCAAGAAAGAAGAGCCAGUUUCUACGCAUGUCGGUUGGACAAACACUUAUACGUUAUUGGUGGACGGAACGAAACUGGCUACUUGUCCAGCGUGGAGUGCUAUAACCUAGAAACAAAUGAAUGGCGUUAUGUGUCCUCUUUGCCCCAGCCUCUGGCAGCUCACGCAGGAGCAGUGCACAAUGGGAAAAUAUACAUUUCAGGGGGUGUACACAAUGGAGAAUAUGUCCCAUGGCUCUAUUGCUAUGACCCCGUCAUGGAUGUCUGGGCUCGAAAACAAGAUAUGAACACAAAACGUGCCAUCCACACUUUGGCUGUAAUGAAUGAUCGCUUGUAUGCAAUUGGAGGAAAUCAUUUGAAAGGUUUCUCCCACCUCGAUGUAAUGCUCGUGGAAUGCUAUGACCCAAAAGGUGACCAGUGGAAUAUUCUCCAAACUCCCAUUUUGGAGGGCCGAAGUGGUCCUGGCUGUGCAGUGCUUGAUGACAGCAUUUACCUUGUGGGAGGCUACAGCUGGAGUAUGGGGGCCUACAAGUCAUCUACAAUAUGCUAUUGUCCAGAAAAAGGCACCUGGACAGAACUGGAAGGAGAUGUAGCAGAACCACUGGCAGGUCCAGCCUGUGCAACGGUGAUCCUGCCCGCCUGUGUCCCUUAUAACAAAUAACACAAGGAGACCCUGGAAUGAACAGUAUCACAUUCUAGGAAGCAAUGACAGGUGACAUGGCUAUUAUAAUAGGAACAAUGCAUUCUAAUGUUACAACUGCCCAAACCCACUCUUGGUUUCUGAUGAUUUACAAGAAGCUUCAGAAGAGGAAGACCUGUUCUUGAACAGAUAUUGAGUCUAUAACUCGGAUCACACCAAACUUCCUGGGGUGACAGACUCUUCCAUUUCAGACUGGUUCUAACUUGUCCCAGCUUUACAAAAACUCCUCAUGUGGAUCUCACCUUGCAAAAGGAGAAAGAUAAAAUACAGAGGCGUGCCCCCAGAGAGACCUGAGAUCAGUAUUGUGCAUUAUAGUCUACCUGCAUGUGAUCUAUGUUGAAGUUUUGGGGAUACUGUGUUCAUGAAUGAUUCAGAAUUUGACCCACCAAUGUACUCACACUGCAUUACAGCAAUGGUCCCUUGAUUCUAAACUCCUAACCUGUGGCUACUUCACAGACUCCAUAGGCAACGCAGUUAUAGAAAAUCAUGUAGGAUUCAAGAGGAAUGUUUUUGUUUCUGUUUAACUUUAUUUCAUAUUCCUUCUGCCCCUUACAAAACCUUGUGGAAAUGGAGAAAAGAAAGACACUGGCUCUUGCAGCAAUUGCUUUCUGCCCUGCAGGUUCUAGGCCCACCAGAGUCAUAAUUUCUGUGUCCUCCACUUUCUCUGAAAGAUUAAAACGAAAUGCACUAUGUCACUAUUCAGUUUAUAGAGGCCCACACUUUCUCCUUGGGGGCAGCAUAUAAGUAGUGAACACAGCUGUUAUUUGCUUCAAAAGGUAGAACUGACAAAGGCAGUCAUAUGAUAUUCAAGAGAUUCUGCUAACAACACAUCUGACCCAAACUGAACUCGCAGUGAAAACUGAGAGAUUGCUUUCUGAAAUUCAGGGACAAAAAGGAAGAAAAAUUUCUCUUAAGAACAAAUCCCCCUUGUUGCUUUGUCCCUAAAACAUAAAACGUUAAGAGCUGCCAGAGCAAAUUGCAGCUCCUAACAAAAUACCUCCCCCCCUUCCUUACCUCCAGCUCUAGAAAGGCUCUAGAUUUGGCUCCAGAAAAGCACACGAGGGACCUCGUUCUUCCCCCAGUUCAUCACAUUUGUUUGUUAUCACCAGAGAUGCCUGGGCUCAGUUAAGUGAGCAAUUGCUAGUUUCCUUGCGAAGCAUGAGGAAUUUAGGAGCAGGAGGCCAGGAGGGCAUAAGACAGUCUCAGUGUGGCCAAUCGAAAGAGAAAAAAACUAGCAGGAACAUAAAUUUGAUUUUCAAGCUCUUCGGAGCUGGCCCAACAAUAGUUAGGAAUAAAUCAAAGCCUAAAAUAUUUUGUUAAUCACCCACUGACCGUGUAAAAUCCCUUAACCAAUGUGUCUUUGAAAGCCAACCACCUGGGGAAGCCACAGAUUAAAAAUGCCUUGGUGAUCAACCUUCACUGCGGAGCAUGUCAAGAUGGAUGGAUGUACUGGAAUCCAAUGCUGUUUCUACAGUAAAGUGCAAUCUUUGUUG